AUGUCCGACACAAACGGUCCCGGUCCCGGUCCCGGCUCCGGCCACCGCCGCAGCUCAAUCACUCAGGCUGCCCUGUCCAACCUGUUCCAGCGAGGGCCGUCCAACGGCUCGAGCGGACCUCCCUUCCCCAGCGCCAACGGCAAUGCAGACUCGCAGAGACGGCGCCUGUCAAUCACCACCAUUGGGCUCUCCGGCACCUCUCCCUCCAACAACUCGUCCUUCAUGCGGCGCGGCAGCAUGUCCACCAACUCCAACUCGGAUUCCAUUGACGAGAACGUCAUUGAGGACGAAGAUGCCUUCAACGGCCCUAAAACGGCCCCGACCACGCCUUUUGUUCGCCACAUGAGUUUUGGAGGCAACAAUGCCAUGAGAAACUUGCGCACAGGAGGCAGCCCCGGAAAUGGUAAAUCCCCAAAGUCUCCUCCUCCCCCGUCAUCGCUCGGACGCAACCAGGGUGGUCAUGGGGACCAGUGGCUCCCGUUGCUGUCCCAAUCCUAUCCGCACCAGCGUCAGGUUUCCAUAUCUGGCGCCUGGCCCGCGGUCGGACGCCGGUCCAGCCUUCACGGCGCCCCAUCCUCUCAUCCUCAGGCAAGCAACGUCCAGCAUCCAAGAGCCUCUUCUGACAAUCCUGCUUCUCGAACAGACCAGUUUGGCUUCAAUUGGUCCGAACAGCUUAGAUCCCGCGCCGAGAGCUCCGUCACCGGGGCUCGCCCCUCCUUUUCCUUCCAGGGCACCGGUUCCCACUCUCCUCCGAGGGCGAUGCCAAACCAUGACCGCUCAAAGUCCAUCUCCGAUAUGCCGCAGCCUCCCGCGCAGGCAUCCUCUGUCAAGCCCAAGCAGCCGGAACGCCCCAAGCCCGAUGCUUUCCAGGAGAGAAUCCUCAAGGGCGACUUUUACAUGGACUGA